GCAACUCUUUUCAGCCGAAACUAUUUUUCCGGCUGAAACUCGCGUCGGCGCCAUGGCUGAACUCAAGUCUGCGUUGGCCCAGAAGGGCUCCCCCCGAAAGGGCAAGCGGGUUACCAUUGAGGCGCCCUUCAAGGCAGACGAGGAAGACCUGGAAUUGACAGUGAUCUCAGAGAUGCCGGGAGAGAUCAAGGUGCCCAAAACCUUGGAGAAAGAGUGUUAUCCGAAGGACCUGAAAGAGAAGAUGGAAAAGGAGAAGACGAGGUCAACCAGUCCAGAUCAAAAGACCUUGCAGGAGCAAGUGGAGCAACUGGAAACAGGCCUGGCCAAGUGCGUCGCUGACUUCCGGGCACAAGCCGAGGAGGUCUUGAUGCAACACUUGGACAGCUUGGAAGAGAUCCAGCAGUCCCACGACUUUGAGGUGGCAAAUUUGAUGGCCGAGAACAUGUUGCUGCGCGAGAAGUUGGGUUUGAAGUCCACAGAGCACGUGCAGUCGAUGAUGUUCCAGAACAUCGUGCCUGAGCCCAAGAAGAAGGCUGGACGGGGAAAUCGAGCCCAUGCCUUUCGGGAUGAUGAGGAUGACAAGGACGCCAAGAAGAACGCCAUUCCCGACCCCUCGGCUCUACCUCCACCGGCUGGACAUGGCGGCGCCGGGGGAGGACGCGGGACGGUGAGGAAGGGAGGUAAGAACCAGCCGCAGGGCAGCUGGCAAGCCUUCAUGGCCUGGGUGCCCUUGAGCUCCAGCAUGCAACAGGCGGAACCCUGGAAGCCCCUGCCACAGGGAGAGAUUGCUGCGUCCGGGCAGUCGCAAAAGUCCUCGCGGCAGGUGAUGAAGCGUCGGGAGCCCUCCGGGGAGCCGACGGCGAUUUUGCCCGGCACGCCGGACGAGCGGCCGCACAAGAAGGGCGAGGACGAUGAUUCCGAUUCCGAUAGUGGAAGCGCCCAGGCAGGUGAAGAACAGUUCGAGCUCUUGGAGUUGUGGCGAGCCUCUCAGAAACAGGCUAAGAAGAUGAAGAGAGGCAGUCAGGCUGAAACCGAAAGUUCCAUGCCCUUCCGGGAAGAGGAGGACGAAUACGAAGAACCUGUGGCGCACGGCUGGAUCUUAAACCCCGACUCCAACGCCCGGAUCUCCUGGGACCUGGGAAGUUUGGUGAUGGUCCUGUAUGACAUGGUGAUGAUCCCCAUGCAGGCCUACACGUUGCCGGAGAACAUUUUUUUGGACUUCAUGGAAUGGACCACCAGGCUCUUCUGGACCUUGGAUAUAUUAUGGUCUUGCUUUACUGGAGUGGUCAUGGCUGAUGGUUCAGUCGAGUAUGACAUUAAGAUCAUCUUGAAGCGCUACGCUAAGACGUGGCUUACCAUGGACCUGAUCAUUGUGUUGUCCGACUGGUCCGAAGUCGUGUUCUCUUCCGGAGGCGUGGCCAUGCUCAGCUUCGCGCGCACCACGCGCAUCGUCCGCAUCGUCCGCUUGCUGCGGCUGGUGCGGAUGCAAGAGAUCAUGGCGAAUGUGACCGAACGGAUUCAAUCAGAGACGCUGGGACCACUCUUGCAAGUGAGUAAGGUGCUCAUCAUCCUGUUGACCAUCAGCCACUUCACCGGUUGCCUUUGGUUCGCCAUCGGCGCCCGCGAGACCACGGAGGACACCUGGGUGAAGAGCCUGGGCUACAACAACGACACCGUGGACUCGCAAUACCUGGCGUCCCUGCACUGGGCAAUUGCACAGUUCAGCGGCGGUAUGGAUGAGAUCUCGCCGGCGUCGCCCUUGGAACGGCUUUUUGCCGUGGCGGUGCAGACCACGAUCUUCGUCAUCGCGCUGGUGAUGCUGGGCGUCUUCACAAGUGGUUUGACCCAGCAGUACAUCAUCGGCGGUUCCGGCGCCAGGCAGCUGGCGACCUUGAAGCGAUACUUGAAGCAGAACAACGUCUCAAAGGCGACCACCAAGCGCGUGUGCCGCAACGCCAAGCACGCCAUCAGCGGGGAUUUGACACCUGAGUCUGUGGAGCUUCUGCACGUGAUUUCGGAGCCGCUCAAGGUGGAGCUCUCCUUCGACAUGUACUCUCAAGUUCUGAUGUGGCACCCUUUCUUCCUGGAACUUCUGCAGGAGAACUCCCCCUUGAUGCGCCCCAUUUGUCACCGGGCGAUGUCGAUGUUGUUGCUCUCCAGCACGGACAUCAUCUUCAACCUGGGCGAGGAGCCAUCAGAGCCCAAGAUGUACAUCGUGGUCUCUGGCACCUUGGAGUACACGGACUCCUAUGGCGAGGUGACGGCCGUGGGCGAGAGGCGCCAUUUGGCGGAAGCGGUCCUGUGGACCAAUUGGAAGCAUCGGGGCACCUUGGCCGCCGUCAGUGACGUGAAGCUCGCCAUGCUCGACGCCCAGAACUUCCACGACCUGUGCCAGCGAUUUAUGCGAAGAAGUGAAGCGGCGCUCAAGAUCUUGGGAUACGCCACGCAGUUUAUCGAUGAGUUGAAUAAGAGUGAGUUUAAGAGCGAUUUGGACCAUUGACUGAGGAUGAGAUUCGCCUGAAAUACCAGAAGUUGCAGGCGAGACUGGAUUGAUGUGGAUCACAUGCUUUUCUUGAAGUGCC